AUUGAAUAACAGUAGCUUUUUUAGUUUAGUUUAGAUUACAAAAUUCACUCAAAAUUAGCUAAAAAAGAAUAUAAAUUAAAGCCAAUGAAAGCAGAGUCAAAAUAGAAUUUUAUAACGAUUUAAGAGCACAAGUAAAUCAUAUAAAAAAUAAAACAGGAAUCUUCUUAAUAGCUAGACUCACUAAGCUAGUAAAUGAGCAAGCUAGAAAGAAGUUUUUAGUCAGAAGUUGAAGAAAAAGAUGAGAAUUUGAGAAAAAAAAUAGCUAAUGUAUCAUAAAUUGAAAGGGAAUACAUGGAAAUAAAGUAAGCUUUAGCAAAUUAAGUUGAAGAGUUAAAAGAAAGUGAGUAGAAAGCAUAAAAUGAAUUAAAAAUCAUAAGGAAUAUGUCGGAAAAAUAUAAAGCUGAGAUGCUAGAUCUCAAGGAAAAGCUAAUAUAAAAAGAUGACCUUUUAGAGAUUGAAAAAAGAGAAAAAAAUUAAGUUAAAUAUUUAAACAAUUAGCUGAAUUAAUAGUUGAAAGAAUUAAAUGAAUAACUGAUUGAAAAAGUAUCAGAAAUGACUCUUUAGGCUUAGAAGUAUUAGUUAAUAUCUGAAAAUUUAAACUCAAUAACAGAAAAAUUUGCUAUUGAAUAGAGGGAUCAUUAAAAAUUAUAGAAAGUUUUUGAAGAAAAAUAAAAUACUUGGAAUGAUUUAGAAAUAUAGAUGAAUGAAAAACUGUAAAAAUUUAACUAGACUAUUGUGAAUCAUUAACAGUAAUUAUAAAAAUAAGAAAAAAUUAUUCAAAGGUAAGAUCAAUAGUUAACAAAUUAGUAGAGUGCAUUUCAGGUUUUAGAAAAAGAGAAGGAAUAAAUUAUAAAUGCCUAUAAUAUUAAAACAUAGGAAUUAUAAUAACUUUUAGAUUUGAGUUAGACAUAGAAUAUAUAGCAUACAGAAAUAAUAGCCCAAAAAUAGAAAGAAAUUGAAGAAUUAUAGUAUAAAUUUAAGCUUUAUCGCCACGAAUUAGAAUAAAUUAAAAGGAAAAUAGGGGAAAGUAUGGUAGAGAUAGUUAGAAAAAUAAGAGAUGAUUUGCUAGAAAUGUAAGAUAAUUCUAAAAGUGAGUUUACAUCAUUCUAAUAAGAGUUGCUGCUUAUAAAAAAUGCAGUAAAUGAUAGAAUUAGAGUGACACAGAUUGAAUAGUAAACUGAAUUUAAGAAAAUCUUAACCUAAAUGUAGGAUAAAGAUUAGCUCAUUGACGAGCUAACUCAUUAAAUAAAGCAAUUAGAUUUAUUGCUAGAAAGCAGGAAGUAGGAAAUUAUUGAUCUUUAAAGAAUAAACAUAGUUUCCUAAAAUAAAGUAGAAGAAAAUGAAAAAAAAAUAUCUGGUUUGUAGCAGAGCAACAUUAAGCUAAACGAAUAACUAAAAAUUGCAUAAAGAAAUUUAAAUGAGAAUUAAAAACAUGAGCAACAGAACAAGAUUCAAGAUCAAAUUUAGUUGAAAGAAAUUCAUGAAAAGAAUAUGAAAGAAAUAAACAAUAUAUAUGAAGAAAGGAUAAAUAAUUUGAAAAGAAAAAUAACUUAAAUAGAAGAGGAACAUGCAAAUAUUGAGCAGUAACUUUAUGCUCAAGUUUAGUAAGUUUAAGGUAAAUAUUUACAAUCUGAGUAGUAGCGAUUAAAGCUUAAGGAAUACAUUUUGUAAAAUAUUGACAAUAGAAUGAAUUAAUUGAAUUAAUCACUUGACUGCUCAAUAGUAUAACCCUCAAUAUACUAGGAACAUACUCCAAUAAAUACAUAAUAUUCUCCUCUUUAAAAUAAAUCUCAAUUUUAUUAAUAAAAUUUAAAUCAAAAUACUUACAGUAGUCCUGAAAAGGUUGAGUUUGUUAACACAUAGAGGUCUAGGUAACUUAGAGAAGAGCUAGAGUAACUUUAAUAAAAUAUUCGUAAAGCUAGGUAGGAGUCUAAUAAAAAAAUAAGGUAAAAAUCCAUGGAAGUUUCAGGAAUUUACAUCAAUACAAACCCUAACUUAAAUACGUAUUCUCAAAAAAAGUAAAUGGAUAUGAUGAAUUCAAGUAUUUUAAAUAAUAACGAUCUCUUAACAUAAAAUAAUAAUCAGUUUUUAUAGAAUAGCUAUAGUAAUUUCUACAAAAACACAAGUAAUAAUAAUAGCAUAAAUAACAUUAGUAAUAAUAAUAGAUACCAGCAUGAUAAACAAAACGUUAAUAAUCAGUUGUCAGAUAGGAGAAAUAUUAUAUCUGAUGAAAACUAAAAGCCUUUUUUCUUAAGUGAAUAAAAACAAUUUUAUGGAAAUAAUGUAUCAUAUACUUAAUAAGGUGAUAUGAUUUACUUAAGAUCUUCGCCAUAUAAAAACAAUUUCAACAAUAACAACAAUAGUAAUAUAAUUUAAACAAAAAAUUUAUCACAAUCACCUAUAAGCAAAACUAGCUUAAAUUCAAGUUAAUAAUCUUAUAACUAACUCAAAUAGAACUAACGAAGAGUUCCUUAAAGUAUUCAUUAUAUGAUCCCGAAUGUAAAUAAAUCAUUAAACUAAAAUCAACUAAACAGUAUAAUUCAUGCAUAGCAAUAAAACACCAAUUUAAAGCAUAAUUUAAGUGUAAAUUUUAAUGAAGAACCUAUUUUAAGCUUUAGAAACUCCUAGAAUUGA